AUGAAAAACUGGAAAUUAAACUUCAAAAACUGGGAGUAUACAGUUUCCAUUUUCAUUGGGUUAUAUUUUAUUUUGAUUAAUUUUGUUUUUGAAUUUUCAGAAGUUGAGAACUUGAAAAACCAUCUUCGGGUAGUUCCCAACGAAGUUAUCCAACAUUUUAACGUUGACAUAAGUUCCAAUAAUAAUUUCGCAUACAUUCAGUAUUCUACGAACUACCAAUACUUAAAUUUAGCUUUGAUAAAUUGUAUAACGUUGAGAAAAUCAGAGACCAUAGCUAAAAGCCUUGUUGUUUUGUUUGAUAAAAAUUUAGAGUUCGAAGAUAUUGCCAAAUUCAACCGGUUGAGAGACAUUUCGGCGCAAUAUGAUAUUACUUUGAAGCCAGUUGAGGUCCUCGCAGUUUCAAAGUCGUCAAGUACUGACUGGGCCAAAUCCUUUACUAAAUUUCAUGUUUUCAAUCAAGAUGAAUUUGAUAGAAUUAUUUACUUUGAUUCCGAUUCAAUGUUUGUAAAUGUUGAUAUGGCUGAUUCCAAUACCGGCGAUCUGUUAAGAAAUUUACCUGGGAAUUUUGACGAGCUUUUUAAACUACCGAAUGAGUUUGAUCUCAUUUUACCUCAUGCGUAUUGGCUCACCAAAGAAGAGCAUAAGCGGUCGAAGAAAGUCGAAGUCCCAAAUGAGAAAAGAUAUAACUUGAAAAUUGGGAAACUCAUAUCUGAUAUUGAAAACAAUGGAGAUAAGAAUAUAUGGCAGUUUCUACCCUCUUUAUUUUCUGAAGAUCAGAAAUUCAAAAACAGAGAUCACUUCUUCGCAAAUCAUGUGAUGGUUUUAUCACCAUCUAAAGAGACCUUUAAGCAAAUAAAAAAAUACAUUUAUAACCCCCUUCUGUGGCUGCUCACUAAUAGGUCCAAGCUACGUAAAGUGUCUGAUUUUGAUAUGGAAAUAAUGAACCGUUUCAUUGAUGAUAAGUUUAAGCAGCAUUCUGAUUUCAAAGUGGGUAUUCUUCCGCACAAAAACUAUGGUGUUCUCACAGGUGAGUUCAGAGAGUUCUGGCAUGCAAGAUUUAUUGCAGAACCUCAAUAUUUACCAUAUUCAAAGAGAAAAACGAAUGAUAACUGGUAUCCUUUAAAAACCUUAUCUAAAAUCAGGUCGGUUCAUUUUUCAGAUGCUCCGAUACCAAAGCCAUGGGAAUUCGAGGAUAAUUAUGACCACUAUAAUAUUUUCAAAAUUUACUGCUUUGAUAGCUCAUUUAAUGAAGAAGAGUAUAAAAGAUCGUAUCCAUCUGAAUGGAAGCCUCGUCUCACUGACGACUGUGCAAGUGUACAGAUAUGGAAUUGGAUAAGAGAGGAAUUUUCUAAAACGAUGCAACUCUAUUGGGUGGUAUAA